AUGAUAUCCUGCUCUCUCUUUGCCAUUCCUUCUCUCUCUUUCUUUCUCGGUCGGCCAUUGCAUCUAUCCGUCCACUGUCAGCACACUGUGGCCGUCUUUUCUCAUUUUCCUUUGCACCCCCCCCUCUUCUCGGCUAUCUAUCUCCGUGUCUCCAAGCAGUUAAAAUUUGCUAUAAGCUCAGUCAGGUCUCUCGUCCUCUCUCUCUCUCUCUCUCUCUCUAGGCUUGUCCUCUCUCUCUCCUUAACAUUAUUCUCUUCGCUCUCUCUCUUCUUCCCUCUUUGGAGUUCUUCCUACUCUCUCUCUCUCUGUCUACUUGUCUUUAAAUUUCUUCCACCCUCUCAACAUCGCCAUCUUUUUCCUCUCUCUCCCUCUAGUUCAAUUCGUAUCGCUCUCUUUCUCUAUCUUCAAACUGCAAUAAACUCCCUCUUUCUUUCAUUCUUUCUUUCUUUCAGUCUUUACACCACUAUUUUUAUUAGCAAAAUAUGUAAAUGUAUUUCUCAUUCAUUUCUAUCUCAGAUCUAUCUAUCUAUCUAUCUAUCUAUCUAUCUAAUAUGUUCCCUAUCUAUCUAUCUAUCUAUCUAUCUAUCUAUCUAUCUAUCUAAGUCAAUUCAUAUCUAUGUAAGUAUGUUCCCUAUCUAUCUAUCUAUCUAUCUAUCUAUCUAUCUAUCUAUCUAUCUAUGA